ACUCCUCUCUCUACCUCUCCUAUUUUUGCCCCCCUUUCUCUCUCUUCUCGCCUGCUCCCAAACUCCCCCCAACUCUCACCGCCACCUCGACUCAACAAUAAGCCCUCGCCUCGUCUCAUAACCCGCUCUAAAGCUCCGCCAAUUACCCGCCAAAUAAGUCUUCUCCUCCGCCCCCCGACCCCCCCGGAUCGGACAUCAGACGGCCCCACGGCGCCGGAGAUGGGAGACGAGGGCAGGACCGACGCAGCCGCCCCCCACGCGGCCCAGGCCGCGGCGCCGGCGACCAAGAAGCGGGCGAGGGAAGGUGCCGACACCGGGGACUUGAAGAGGCUCGCGGAGAUUGUGAUGGUGCUGGCGGCGAUGAGGGAGAUGCGGGGCGGCCGGGAGCCGACGGCCGCCGAGAAGGCUCUGGUGGCGGAGGCGCGGGAGAAGCUCGUGGGGAUGUGUGAACACGUGAAGCCCAAGGAUUUGUUCUCCAGGGAAUCGGUUAGGGUUGUGGUUGAUGAUCUUGGGCUCAAUCGGUCCAAGGAUCCCCUGAUGGGGUGCCGGCCCCCCAAGAUGUCCAUUGCCGAGAAGGUCUUGCUCACUAAAACAAAGAUGGAGGAAUCCAAGGAAGUUGCCACACAUUCGCCAGUUUAUUCAUCUCAUCAUCUUCCAGUCAGCUUUGGUGCAAACAUUGAAUCCCAUGGAACUUUGUUACAUGGAGCUUCUAGGUUUGUAGCAGAGAAACCAAUUGCAGUGGCACUGCCUGCUGGAGGCUUUCAGAGUACUUCAGCUGUAUCGCAUGUUCCUACACUAGUUUCUGUCUCCUCUUCAAAGCAGCUGCAAAUCAAUGAGACAUAUGCUACAGUCACUCCCAUAAAAUCAGCAUCCAAUCCACACCAAAGGGAUUCUCCUUCAUUAACGCCGCCUCAUGCAGAACCAGGACACCUCAGGUUGGAUGCACGACUAAAUGGGCCAACUUAUCAAACACAAGUUCAAGCUACUUCUGCUGAAUACAUGCCACAUAAAGCCCCAACAACUUCUAUGCAAUCAACAUCUGCUGCUGUAACAAAGGUUGGCCAGGCACAUAAGUUGCUGGAUCAUGCUUUGGUAAAGUCUGAUAGUAUUCAUGAAGUUAAUGCUAUUCAAAAUUCACAAGCAACAAGACAUCAGGAAAUAAGAAGUUCUGCAAUUCAAGCUGGACAAGGAAAUCUGCGUAUGGGACAUCAGCCUUCACCAGGCCUAGCGUUUGUUCAUGCACCUUCUCCUUUUAACAACCAUGAUGACAUUGCUACAAAUGUGCAGAGGAUAUUGCACCAAAAAGUUUCUAAUCAUCCUAGUUGGGUUCCAUCAUCAACUGAGUACAUGAACAGGCCUCUAAAUUGCCAAGUAUGCAAGAUUACUAUCAGUGACAUGGAAAGUUUGCUUGUUUGUGAUGCUUGUGAGAAAGGAACCCACUUAAAAUGCCUUCAGUCUUAUGCUAACAAAGGAAAUCCUAAAGCUGAGUGGCACUGCACAAAAUGCUUGAUAUCAAGCAAUGGCAAACCCUUGCCACCUAAAUAUGGCCGGGUUACAAGAGCUGUUGGUCCAGCAAAGGGUGCUUCAAAUGCAGGCAUUACUCAUGCUUCCUCAGAGAAGAAAACAGUAAACACAGACUCCAAGGUUAAUCAACAGAAAGCAAUAGCCAAUGGAAAUUCUGGUAUUUCAGAUCUUGCUCGUCCUUCCAAUAUGGGAGACAGCCAUGCCGAAUCAUCUCCAAGUUCAGAGAUGAAUGUUGCAGAAGUGCAGUUUAAAUCUCCUGCACCUGGAAUGAAAGGAGAAGAUGGGAUGUCCAAAGGGGCUUCCACCAACCACUCGAAGGAAAAUGCUGGAGUGGUUUGUAUCAUCUCUGGCGCACAAAAUGACAAUAGUGGAUCAUCUUCACAUGACAUGAAAGUGACCUCUGAGUCUGUGUUGCAGCCAAAGACUGUUCCAGAGAUCUCCUGUUCUGAUCAUCCACGUGACAUUGUUGUUCACAACACUAAUCAGUCUCAAUUGUCUGGUGACUCACUAGUUGGUGAUGGAGUAAAGUUGCCAAGCGAUGUUGAAGCUUCUGCAAUUCGACAGCAGGAAUUCGGCAAGCCUGGUGACGAUGAGCUUAAAAAACCAUUUGGUAAAAAGGAAACAUCUGAAAACAGGGCUAGUAGUAAAAGCAGGUUAGACGAUGGUGAUAAUUCUCAGGCAACUUCAAAUGGAGCCUUGAAUUAUGGAGAUGAAGCUAGAGAUCAUGGCAGGCCCUUGCUACCAGACUUGCAUGCUGUAGAUUGGGUUGGCGACAUUCUCCAAGUUGUAGAUGAGAAGACAUAUUACCAGUAUUGUCGCAUUAAUGGUAUUUUGUACAAGCUUCAAGAUCAUGUUUUAAUUGCUUCCACCUGUCAGAAGUUUGUUCCUUCGAAGCUCCAGUCUUUGUGGGAGGAUAACAAAUCUGGGUCAAAGUGGGCUACCGUAGAUUUGUAUUACUUCCCCAAUGACCUUGCAGGGACUGUUAGCCAACCCUCUACGACUGAAAACAGUGAGGUGUAUGCUUCAAAUAAUAAAAAAACCAUAAUGGCCGGCUCAAUAAAUGGUCCUUGUGAAGUUUAGCCAUUGACAAGUUUAGGGAAGAAUGCGAUAGGAGAUUACAACUAGGUGAUCUCAAAAAGCGGUUUGCAUCCAGUUUUUGUGUGCGAAUGGAUGUAUGAUGAUUUGAAGGGCAGCUUUCAGCCUGUCACCAGUUAAUGUAAUGCAGCAAUUUUUAUGAGCAACAUUGUCUAACCUGUGCAUUUAGCCUUAUCUAUUUUUUCUCCAAGGCAGAUCCUAAAAUCAGCAGGUACCGAAGUGAACUGCUCUUUGGGAAGCUGACAAAAAGAUUUCUAAACCCUGUUGUACAUUAUGUAGUUCUUUCUUUUUGAGGGGGAAAUAUGUAGUUCUUUUCCGAAUGCAGGUUGCUGAUCCCUUUGUUAUUAUGAUCUCAAGUGCUUUCUGGUUUAGUAAACUUUCUAACAAUAUAUCUAAAUUAAAAUUUCACACGAGUACUGCACCAAAAUGCAAAUUAUUGAAAAAGAAGUGGAGGCCACAAAAGGAUGUCCUAGCAUGGAACUGGCUUGAGCCCCUAUAAAUUUUAGUUUAAAUAUGAUCCAUGUUGGCGAAAAGGAGGAGAAAUCUGUGGUUGCUGACUUUUCUUUUUC